AUGGCCGACGUGGAAAAGAAACCGGAGCUAAGUUCCUCUGCCCCAGCAGAGAAGAAACUUUCAAACAAGGAGUUGAAAGAAUUGAAAAAGAAAGAAAAGGCAGCCAAAAGAGCAGCUCAAAAGGAAGCUAUUGGAAUCACUCCAGAACAACAAAAAAAAUUAGCUGAACAAAAGAUUGAAAAGAAGAAGCAACAAACUGCAUCAGUAUCUAAUGUAAAGAAACAAUUGCAUCAGACUAUUGUUAAAGAUGAAAGAAAAGUUCCAGCUUUAUUUGGCCAUUUAGAAACUCGUGAACAAAGAAACGCCGCAUCACCAGCCAUUUCCAAUAUCGUACAUCCUGCCAUCUUGUCCCUAACAUUAAAGUACUCUAGUUACAAAGUUGUCGGAUCAAGUUCAAGAUUAAGCAAUAUGUUGCGAGCUUUUAAACAAGUUAUUCAGGACUAUUCAACCCCAGAAAACACAACAUUAACUAGACAUUUGACAGCUCACUUAUCUCAUCAAAUCGAAUAUUUGAAAACAGGGCGUCCUUUAUCAGUUUCUAUGGGUAAUGCCAUUAGAUGGUUAAAACAAGAAAUAUCUGUGAUUUCAAUUGAUACAUCUGAAGCUAAAGCCAAGGAAAUACUAUGCACAAAAAUUGAUGAUUUCAUUAAGGAAAAAAUUGUCCUUUCUGAUCGUUUGAUUGUGGAUUCGGCAUCAAGACAUAUUUCUAAUGGGUCUACUAUUUUAACAUUUGGUCAUUCACAAGUAUUGGAAGAGUUAUUUAAAUUUUGUGUUGUUGAACAAGGUAAAAAAUUUAAUUUAAUAAUUGUGGAUUCUCGACCUUUAUUUGAAGGGAAAAAGUUAUUGAAAAACUUGGUGAAUACAUCUUUGGAAAAAGAGGUUGAAACAAAUUCUGUUGCUAGUUCAACAAUAGAGAAAGUUCCAAUUACACAAAGUCAUAUCAGUGUUCAAUAUGUUCUUAUCAAUGCAUUGUCAUCCACUCUUUUAGAAGAUGUUGAUUGUGUAUUUUUGGGAGCUCACGCAAUGUUAUCUAAUGGUCGUCUUUAUUCUAGAGUGGGCACUGCUUUGAUUGCCAUGAUGAGCCACACAAGAAAUAUCCCAGUUUUAACCUGUUGUGAAUCUGUCAAAUUUUCAGAUAAGGUCCAAUUAGACUCUGUCACAACUAAUGAAUUGGCAGAUCCUGAGGAUUUAAUUCAAGAGAUUGAUUCUAAAAAACCACCUCAAAAACAAUCAUUUGCAUUAGAACAAUUUUUAAAAGAAACUGAGCAAGAAAACAAACAGCCAAAACAAGUCAAAGGUAAGCAGGAAGCAGAUACUACUGCAGAACAAUCAGAUGAUCUGGAACCUUUGAAGAAUUGGCAAGACGUCAAAAAUUUGAAUAUAAUCAAUAUUAUGUAUGAUUUGACUCCACCAGAGUAUAUCAACAAAGUCAUCACAGAAUUGGGUGCAUUGCCACCUUCUUCAGUUCCUGUGAUUUUGAGAGAGUAUAAAAAUGCGUAA